AUUUUUUGGUUGGUUUAAACAGAUAUUAGUAGUGCUAACAUUUAAUUUUGUAUACUCGACACACGUACAGAGUAACACAAAAACUUCUUCAGAUUUUUUGGUUUCAUCAUUCGCGUGUUGGCAUCAACAAAGAACCCGUUUCAAAUUAUUAAAGUUAAAUACUGCAAAUUCGCAAUACAACAAAAUCAAACUCUCAGACACACACACACACACACACACAUACACACAGAGAAGAAAGCAAACUAGCAAAAUUUUAGCAAUUGUUAACAGAGCAAAAAUACAUUUUCAAUUUAAAGUACACACGAUGAAUCGUCAGUUGGAGAUGCGUGGUAAUUUGAUUCGUUUAACGCACCAAAUACAAAAAACCAGAAACUGCGGCUACGUGACCAAGCCCAGAUUCGAGCUGCCCAAGAAGAAGCCGCCGUCGCCAACGCAAAUGGCCGCCGGCAUUGAGAAGAGCAAACUGCAAAGCGGCGCACGCAUUCCAACCGCCACGCGCUGCCUGUGGGGCCAGAAUAGUCUGAAGCUGCGCAACGAGUGCCAAGUGGCCCAUACCAAAUAUUAUGUGAGCAUGGCCACGUUGGAGCAAAGCGCUCGCGAGCUUUACAAAUGCGCCAAGCUGCGCAGCAAGAUUUCGGAGCAGGGCAAGGCCAGAAUCAAGAAUCAGCGCGACAGCGAUCAUCGCAACAUCGAUCGUGCCGAUAGCUCAUCAAUUGAGGAGGAUUCGCGCAAGUUAUCGCAGCAAUCGGAAAGACUGCAUAAGCUAUUUUUAUUAGAUGAUGAGUCAGCUGAAAUGAGCGUUGGCAAUGAGUAUGAUAACGAUAACGACAACGAGCAGCAUAACGAUGACUAUAACGACAACUAUAUUGGUGAUAAUGCAAAUUUUAUCAAAUUUAAAAAACUUAAUGCCGUCAACCAGCAAAAUUCUUCAGCAGAGAAACAGCUACGCACAAAUUAAACAUUUUAACAUAAAUAUUUCCCACACACACACACACACAUAUUUGUGAUACGUACGAUUCAAAGCUUACAACGAUUAAGUGUAAUCGAAUUCAUUUCAGAAAUUUGCUCUAAAUGCGCAUGUCCCUUCCCCCAUAUAAAGGAAACCCACUGAAAAUUGACAAUAGUGUGUAUAUUAGAAUAAUAUAUGCGUAUUUUCCAAUCAAUUUUCAUUAGAAGUCUUUUUGCUAACGUC